UUCCGAAAGCUUCGAGGUAUGUAACGACUGAAGGAAAAUGUCUAGAACUUUUCGUAUCAUGACCUUAUGAACCAUCUUAUGAGCCAACUAUCUAUAUAAAUGAAUGAAGAUUUGUUAACAUCCUCGAUUGAUCUACGGAAUACUGGUGGGCCCUCGAAGGGCAGGCGAGUCUUGAGUACGGCUAUAAUACCUACGAACCAUUCAUUAUCACCAUAGUCAAGCUUCACUAUCUGCGAAUAUUAUGAGGUUAUGUGAAUAUUAGAAGAAUUUAUAUUAUUUUGUCAUUCAUUAAAACCCUAUCGUCUGAUCUUUAUCCUUCAUUUGAUCUCCAAGCUGGAGAAAAGCAUCGGAACCUGAUUAUUGCUCUUCUGUUCACCACUUGGACACCUCAUAUCAUAAAAGAGACGAACUUGAUUGCAUGGCAGAGAAAGAUAAUCAAUAUUGAAGAUUUGAAAGAAAUAAUUGGUGUGGUUUGCGCAAAUUUACAUUAGAUGAUAUACCCCUCUUAAAGUACCGUUGCCUGGCAAACAUUCUCGGCAUACUUCACCUAUACCACCGUCGUUGGACAAUUGAUUCUUCUUCUUCCUCUUCCUCUCCUCAAAGUCUGUCAAAAACAACUUUGCUGCUGAAUCGAUCGUUUUCUCCGCACUCUUUCAAAAAUGGAGGAAUAUGCAACUCAGCCCUGUAAAGAUCCCUUCUUCAUUCCUUCUACUUAUCCUCCUCCUCCCAAGACUCCAGCAUUUGUUUUUAGCUCAAUCACUGAUGAUCCUGAUUAUGAAGCUACUCAACCUACCGACGAAGCAAUUCGCCUUGCUAACAGAAAUUCUGGCUUGACCGACGAAGAUGCUUCAGAUAUUGUUUGCAUUCUCCAUCCUGAUUCCGAUCUGGCGCGCGAAGCUUGUGCCGAAAUCAACAAACUACACCCCAAGAAUACAAUCAGCCUUGAAGGUGGUAAUUCUUACUUGACAGCAGAAGGUCAGGUUCCCUGCGACCUGGCACUUCGACUAUCAGCCAAUCUGAAAGAUGAAAAUCUGGGCUGGAUUUUUGGCCGAAGUGAAGAACGAUGCGACUUUAUGAUAAGAGAUGGCACACCUCCUCAGAUAAGCAAUCAACACUUCCGCAUUUAUCUCAAUGAACAUGGCUUCCUCAUGGUAGAAGAUAUGUCUACUAAUGGUAUCUCUGUUGAUGGUACUAUACUCCGACUCAAGAAGAAAAACAAUGGGAAACCUUAUCGACAAACUAUCGAAAACGGGACUAUUAUAUCCCUUGCUUUGAACAAGCCUGUUGCCCUCAGUAUCAAUUUUGUUGUUCGGAUACCACGACGUAGUGAUGAGGCUCAAGAGGCGUUUGAAACAAACUUCGCCAUUCACGUUCGUCGAAUUCAAGAAAGGCAAAUUCGGCGUCGUGUGGCGGGUGGUGUGGAGAGACAGCCACUUAAUCUCUUCCCCAAUGCUGCCAAUCGAGGUAGUGCGGAGUCUUCAUCGAUCUUCAGAAAACGAGAAUGGAGAGGUGGUUCAAAGUACAACAAGCUCGACAUGAUUGGCAAAGGCGCUUUUGCUGUUGUUUAUAGAGUGACUGAUAAACGAACUGGAGUUCCAUUCGCUGCCAAGGAGCUUGACAAGAAAAAGUUUUUGAAGAAUGGAGCCAAAAAUAUUGAUUCAGAGAUCAAGAUCAUGAGCAAGAUUCAUCAUGAUAAUGUGGUUUCGUUUGUCGAAUGUAUCGACUGGGAUGAUUAUCUAUACAUCAUCAUGGAGUUUGUUCCCGAAGGGGACCUAACAUCCCUCGUUACAAUGUGCCAUUUCCUUCCGGAACAUGCAGUCAAGGGUAUGACCAUUCAACUACUAAGCGCAUUGAAAUAUCUCCAUUCGAUAAAUGUCACCCAUCGCGAUAUCAAGCCCGACAAUAUUCUUUGCCAAAGUCGAAAUCCACUGCACGUUAAACUGACUGAUUUUGGUCUGUCAAAAAUGAUUGAUACGGAAGACACAUUUCUACACACUUUUUGUGGCACAUUGCUAUAUUGUGCGCCAGAAGUUUAUAACGAAUAUCCCCAAUAUGAUCGUACAGGUCGAAGAACCAAUCGACGUAGUGACGAUUCAACAACACAACAGAGAUAUGAUCACGCUGUCGACGUCUGGUCGCUAGCUGGUGUACUUUUUUAUUCGUUUUGUGGAACUCCGCCAUUUCCCGUUGGAGCUGCCUCGCAUCAUACACAAAUACUUCAAAGAAUAAUGACGGUUCCUUUGGAUGUUAGGCCCUUGCAGCGUUGUGGAGUAUCACCUAAUGCAAUUAGGUUUGUCAUAAAAAUGCUUCAUACAGAUCCAGAGCAUCGUGCUACUAUCGAGGAUCUAGAGCAAAGUCCUUGGUUGACGGGAAAUGACCCAGAUCUUGAUGAAACAGAGGAUGAAGACGUUGGACAGCUCGAGGUACCCGCUUCUCAGUUGAGUUUGCUGGAUGCUUCCGAAAACAAUGGUGAAAAUGACGAGUUCGGUGAGGAGACGAUUCAAUUCCAACCUCGUGAGAUGCCGGCCAGCUUCAGCACUAAUGAGUCGGAUGAUGAGAGAUCUUUGGAGCUCGCAAGCUCAAUUCCGAGUGACUUUGGUAAAGGAACAGAACUCACAACCGCCGAUCAAAUCGAAGGAGAUGAAAGCUAUGAGUUCAUCCGGAACCCUGCAAACGUUGGUCGCUUGUUUGGCGAAGUUAAUGUAAACUCUUCUGCCUUGGGAAGUUCUGGAGCUGUUCCAGUGGAUCUCCCAACUCCGAUCCAGCACAUCGGAAAUAAUAAACAUCAGCAGGUUUCGAAGCAGGACGACACACUUCCAGUCGCAAAAUUCAGGAGUCGUCUUGAAGCUGCGAGCGCUAUGCCAAAGACCCCGCUCCCACCUCCACCUGCAACUCACCCUCGCUUUGUGACUCCGGCAGCGAAGCAUUUCGAAAAUGGAGUUGCUCCAAAUCACUCAAGCCUUUUGGGUGCUGUAUCCCAACUAGGUCAUCUGCAGAUGAAUUCUCCUUUGAUUUCACCAACCGAUAUUAUAACACCCCAUUUGUCAACUCUGUCGCAUGCUCAGGCUGCCAAUAUUAGCCUUCGAAGACCUCGAGAAGUUGGUGGCUGGCAACCUGAGCUUCCACCGCAAAAACGCCGAAAGUCUGCGCGAACAAUUGAUGUCAUGGUACCCCCAGAAACAUUUUGGAAUCCUAGAGAUAAGUCGACUCAUCAUGAACAUUAUCCACCGAUGUCAGCAGCGGAUUGGAAUCGAUAUGUUGAGCUUGCUAAAUCCAAAGGAGAGAAAUUUCAGCAUGGCUGUACAAUAUUUGAGAAUGUGAUGGUUAGCUUCAGAAGCAAUAGUAAAACUCCUUCAAUUGGCUCGAAUUUAUCGUUUCGAGCGCAGUCCGAACCAUUGGUUGAAGGGAAGAAAAGAUAUAUACCAUUGGCGCGCGAUGAACGAAGGCUCAGUGACGACGCUUCUGUUCAACAGAGCAUAGCUUCUAGGGAAAAUCUUUCCAUCACCACCGAUGCCCUUGUGCCUGAAGUGGCUCAGAAUUCUGAACCUUCUUCACCAGUCAAAUUAGACGCAACAAAUGAUAAUGAAAUAAUUUCUUCUAUUGAAGCCGCGACGGAAGGUACAUCAGCUAUAAUCCCAAAAAUCGAUGCAUCUGCAGGAGAUAAUUUUCAGGUCCCUAAGCGAGUACUUGCCAAGUUUUCUGCAACUCCGGAUUCUUGUUUACCAACCAUUGCUUUCAAUAUCACGGAAGCUUUCACGUCUUGGGGCCGCGGCUUUUCCAACACUAUCCGAUACGCAACUCGUGAAGAUGUCCGAAUAGGUGUUCCUAGAUACGCAUUCAAGCUGAUACUAUUCAAAAAUGACUUCUAUCACCCCGGUGAAAAGUAUACGGAAGUAUGGAAUAAGAGCCAUAGUGAAGAAGAAGAGCAAGGCUUCAGAUUCUUGAUCUCUACCAAGUCCUCGGCAGGUCUCAAGAUCAAUGGUCAUAAACUUCCAAGUCACAAUAUCAGUGAGACAUCGGGCGACUCCAAAUUUUGGGGAGAAAUUCGUAAUGGCGACAUCAUCACGAUUAGUACGACAAAGAACAUGUUCUUGAAACUCAAAUUCGACUGUUUCUGGGGUAUGGGUAAAUAUAAUCGCCACGAGUCGAAAUUCUUCCUAUACAAAGAAGAAGAUCAUAUCGCAAAGGUCGACAGAGUAUGCACCAUGCUCGAAACUGCCUUUAUUGAGGAGCGCACCAAAAAGUUGAUUGAGGAGCAAAAAUUGGCCAAGGAGUUAAAACGUCAAAGGACGCAAUCUGUAGACAUCUGAUCUCCAUUGGUUUUUUGCAAUUCAACUCCACAACACUUCCUCAGGGACACCUUGACGGAAUAUUUCUCCAACACAACCUUUUGUACUCUUAUGAACACGAGACCUAUUUUUUCCUUUUGUACUAUCAUCUUCUACUUACACAUACCACACGAGAGUUUUCUGACUGCUUUAGCUUAGCUUUUCUUUUCUUUUCUUUUCUUUUCUUUUCUUUUCUUUUCUUUUCUUUUCUUUUCUUUUCUUUUCUUUUCUUUUCUUUUCUUUUCUUUUCUUUUCU